AUGCUUCUGGAAGGUCAUCCUUCUCACAUGGUGCGGCUUGGAGUAAGGAGGUUGUUUCAGAAUCUUCCCUCAGCAAAUGACGUCUUAUCUUCUGACAUCCAAACACUGCAACAAAUCGUAUGCAGUGCAGGCUUUCAUGAGAGCUGGGCUAAGCACUUACUUAUUUUCACCCGAGAAUUCUCAUCAGGAAACUGGGCUCAGAUAACUGACCUCCCAGGAGUUGGCAGGUAUGUUGCAGAUGCAUAUACUAUCUUUGUUGAGGGCCGACUCCACUUUAGUAACGACAACAUAUACGAGAAACCCCUCUUUCUCAUAUCGUUUCCCCUUUCCCCCCCUCUCUCUCUCCAUCCUCCACCCGUCAUUUCCGUCUACCCCCUCUACUCCCCUGCUUCGGGAUCCCUCCGCCAGGUGUGGAAGCGGAAGCUUGUGCAAUUAGGGGGGGAAUUCCUAGCAAGCCCCACGGAGCCACGUGUCACGCACGUGCUGGCUGCUGAUUGGCGGAAAGUGCAGCAAGCCACCACGUGGCAAACCCCACCACCAGGGCAGGUGACAGUGGUGGAGUUCACAUGGAUAGAGAGCUGUCUCAAGCACGGGUCGCGCCUUCCCGAAGCCAAGUUCUUGCUCCGCGCCUCACACAACGCCUCACCUGGCCGACAGUCACAGCAGGGCGGAGAAGCAUGCGUUGGGGGAGUUAGCUCCUUUGAGUCUGAUUUUCCUGCCAGCCGGGAUAGCCGGGGGUUUCCUGAUCGAAUAAGGAGUGGCCACGUGGAUGCUGAAGAAAGCGCGGAGAGAGAUGAGGGAGGUUGGGGGAGUGGUGGGGGGCAGAAGGAAUGGAAGGACGAGGAAAGGAUUGGGGGAGGGUCGGGGUUGACCUUGGCCCAGCAGUUGCCGGAGGGGAGGAUAGGAGGGAAGGAGGACGAGGGGAGUGAUGAGGAGGAGGACGGAAAUGGGGCGGCGGGUCGUGCUGCCGUCAAAGGUGGGCGGCAGGGUUUGGAGCUUUCUGAGGAGGAGAAGGCGUUUUGGAUGGAGGUGAUAGUUGAGAGUGCAGCCUGGGCGGCACUUGUGGGGGAGGAGGAAGGGGACGGGCGCAAGGGGGGGAGUGGGGGAGGCUAUGGGGGGAAGAGGGGAUGGGGGGGAGGAGGCAGAGGGGGUGGGAGAUGGGGAGGGGGAGGGGGGAAGCGGAGGUACGUGAGUGGUACAGACAGGUUUGGGGCGGAAUGGAAACGGUGGAAGGCGGGGGAAAAAGGGGAGAAGGGGGGAAAGAGAGGCAAGGGGGGAGGCGGAGAUGAGGAGAUUGAUGGGGUGGGGGGCAUGGGUCUGUCUGGGCGGGUGAUCCAGCUGGUGCGGGAGGGGGAGGAGGUGCUGGGUCACACCCAGGGGCUGUGCGUGGCGGGGGGGGAGAGAGAAGAUGAGAAAGAGCGUCGGAGGGAGGAGGUGGCGCAGGGGAGGAGGGAGGGUGCGAGGGAGGGUGAGGAGGUGCUGGGUCACACCCAGGGGCUUUGCGUGGCGGGGGGGGAGAGAGAGGAUGAGAAAGAGGACAGGAGAGAGAAUGAGGCGGAGAAGGGGCGUGGGGAAGCAGUGCAGAGGGGGAGGGAGGGUCUGACGGAAGGGGAGUCAGGUGAAAACGCAGAGGAUGACAGGAUAGGCAGGGAGGAACGAGAGGAGGGGAGCAGCAGGGAGGGGAGGGAGAGGGGAAGCAGAGAGCGGAGGGAGAGGGAAAGCAGGGUGGGGAGGGAGUGGGGAAGCAGAGAGGGGGAGACACAGCAGCCUGACAGCUAUGAGGGCACAUGUAAGGACUUGCAGGGAUUCCCGUGCAGCUAUGAGAGUGCGGGCUCGCACGGGCAACGAGAUGGGUCGCAGUCUGAGCUGAUUGAGCCGUGUGGGGACUCACAAGCGCAUCAGAACUCACAGCAGGUCUCACAAAAUGACUCACAAAGAGACUCACAGCAAGCCUCACAAACGUGUCAGUACUCACAGCUUGAUUCACAACAGGUCUCGCAUCAGGCCUCAUGCCAUGCCUCGCAUCAAGAAUCGCAAGUCUCAGGGGUCGCUUCAGUUCCUGGGGUUGCCUCAGUCCCAAAGAAUCAAAGGGCAUUGGGAUGGGAGCGAUUGCGAGGGCGCGGGUGUUUCUGCCGAGGCCUGUACCUGCCGCCUGACCUGAAUAAGGAGAUUUGCCGGCAGAUGAACGAGCUCAAGAACAUCUACAAGGACGGUACGGAGCGGUGCAAAGGGGUGUGGUGUGCGGUGGAAUGGAUGAAUGAGCUGAACAACAUCUACAAGGAUGGUUCGGUGUGGUGCAGCGUGGUGAAAAGGGGUGUGUUGCGUGGUGGGAUUGGCAUGGCGGGGUGUGCUUCCGCUGGGGGAU